AUUUGGCACUCUUUACCCUGCAUAUUAUUCUUACAAAGCCGUGAAAUCAAAGGACAUCAAAGAAUAUGUGAAGUGGAUGAUGUACUGGAUCAUAUUUGCACUGUUCACCACGGCAGAGACCUUCACCGACAUCUUUCUGUGCUGGUUUCCAUUCUACUAUGAACUCAAAAUUGCUUUUGUAGCUUGGCUGCUGUCUCCAUACACAAAAGGUUCCAGCCUCCUCUACAGGAAAUUUGUUCAUCCAACACUGUCUUCAAAAGAAAAGGAGAUCGACGACUGCCUCAUCCAGGCGAAGGACCGCAGCUACGAUGCCCUCGUGCACUUCGGGAAGCGGGGGCUGAACGUCGCCGCCACGGCAGCCGUCAUGGCGGCCUCAAAGGGACAGGGGGCCCUGUCUGAGAGACUAAGGAGCUUUAGCAUGCAGGAUCUCUCGACGAUUCGUGGAGACAGCAGCAGCACUGUUCCUCCUUCGGUCACUGUACGGGCAAGCAGCAAACAGAGCCAGCCAAAAACAGCCAGAAGUGCAUCGGAAGGCACUGGCAGCUCAGCGUGCACGUGUUGCUCGGUGUGCCGACUCCUCAGAGGGAAAAGAAGCUGAUCACCAUCGUAUAACAAAUAUCUGUUCUCUUGCUCUUAUUAAGCUGUGUGCAAACCUCCUGAUAAGAAUUAUCCCCUGGAAAGGCUUAGCUUUGGCUUGACUUUAGCUUCCAUUACAGUAAUACAACACCUUGUCC